UUGUCAUAUUCUCUUGCCUCCUCUCAGAGCCUUUGCUUUAAAUACUCUGUUCUCAUCAAAUUUAUUAGACACACCAACCAAAACGCUUCCCAAAUCCCAUAGAAACACAAACACCAUCACAUCCUCAGCCUCAUCACUUUGAAAAAAAAAAUGGGAAAGAAAGCUUUGAAGCUUCCCUCUCUUUUCAAAAGCAAGGAGCCACCAACAACAAAGCAUCAUCAUAGUCACCAUCCAUGGCAGUUCAUACCCUCUUGUGGCCACUCAAAGACCCUUUCAUUCAGAGGCAGAGAUGAUGACAUCUUCAAGACGGUUAACUCGGUGUUCUUUGACCAUUCAGAGAGUGUUAUUGAGACUCCAAAGUCGUGGUUCACAACCUCAUCCGAAUCUGCAAGCAUCUCAACCGAGUCAGAAGAGUACUACCAUUGUGAUGGUGAGUCUUUGGAGAUGUUGGUACGUGGAGUGAGGUCAGAGAGGUUGUUCUUCGAACCUGGUGACACAAGCUCCAUUUUGGAAAAGGCUAAAGCAAGUGGUUUUCCCUUCAAGGAAAGUGUGGUCCUUGCUAUGGAAUCAGAGGACCCUUAUGAGGACUUUAAGAGAUCGAUGGAGGAGAUGGUUGAGUCUCAUGGAGUGAGGGAUUGGGAGGGGUUGGAGGAGCUUUUGAGUUGGUACUUGAGGGUCAAUGGAAGGAACAAUCAUGGGUUUAUAGUGGGUGCUUUUGUGGAUUUACUCUUCAGUAUAGCAGCUUCUAAUACUACUUCUAAAUCUUGUUCUCAUCAUUCAACUUCCUAUUCUUCUGCUGUUUCUUCUUUUGCUUCUUCACCCUUGUGUGGCCAGAAUCAUGAGAUUGUUGAGCAUGUCCAUGAACAUGAUGAUGCUGUAACAACGUCUUAGCAUUAGCAGUAAUUAGUUUCAUCCCUUUUUGUAUACAUUUGUAGACUAAAAGAAAUGUUUAGUGAGAAUCAAAUUAAUUUUUCGUGA